AUGAGCUCACGGUCUCAGAAAUCGACCUCCCCACCGCAGGCGAGACCCUGUCCUCAGGGUUGUGGUUUUUCCCUCCAUGAGAAGGACUACCACGAAGCCUGUCCGGUCUGCUUGGGAAUAGUCCAUGCCCGUAGAGCUUUGACGCAGCCUGAUGCGUGUGCGUUCUGCCGCCAGCUCAGACGUUCAACGCUCGAACGGCGUGUGAAAUUCGUCGAAAAGACCCUGGGACAAGCUGUUGUCCCGCAGGACCCUCUCCUCUCCCAGGCCGCUGAACACGACCCUGGAGACGGGUUGGAGCCCUCGUUCGGCGCUGCCGCGAGCUGGGCUGACCAAAUGGAGUCGCUUAGCGAGAUGGAGCUAGCUCACUCUCCGGUUCAGCAGCUCGAGUGCCUUGGGGUGGAAGACGACGGCAAUUCCGUCUUGGACUUGGGUUUGGACGAGCACGGCCUGUCCGAUGACGAGCAGUUGGAUAUGUCGGGCGCCCAGGGGUCUCCGGCUAACGACGGGAACGAAGUGGAUAACUCAUUUUUCGCUUUGUAUCGUCGCGCAGCUCGGAAGCUGGAUGUGGAGUGGCCUGCCCCCCUUCCAGCUCAGAGACCUACCAGGUUCGCUGGUUUCUUCCUGCCUCAGGCUCCGACAGUGGUGAGGCAUUGCCUCCCUCUCUUCCCGGAUUUCGUUACUGAGCUGACGUCUUCCUGGAACAAGCCACUGUCUACGCGCGCUUCAUUGCCAGGGUUUGCCCAGUUCCUGGAGCACGCAGAUGCCGACAAAGCGGGCCUCAUCACCCCCCCGCCAAUGGAACCCUCCUUGGCGGCCUAUUUGGCCCCGUCUCACAACCACGGGGUUGUGGGACCGACGUCUCUUCCCUCGAAGCACUGCCGUUUCUCUUACGCGCAGCUGGAGAAGAGCUACCGAGCCCAGGCGACGACGGCACGCGCUAUGUCAUCUAUAUCGCUGCUGCAGACGUACCAGGCUAUGUGCUUGGCCGAGCUGGCGGACAUGCUGCCUCCCGACCGUCAAGAGGGCCGCAUCGGCUUCGCCAGCGCCUCCGAGACAGCCGGUAGCCGUGACACCACGUCAGCCGACCUGGGCAAGACCUCCCGCUCCUGGUCCACAGAGGGACGCCGCGAGAGGGAGGAGGAAGCCAAAUUCGUCCUAACGAUGGCUCCGACUCAAACAGAGCUGUCGUUUUUGGGGGACAACGCAGCUUUGGGUGCCGACCAGAGCUCGCCACCGGCAGGUCGCCUUGCUCUUCAGAUGGCUCACUGGCGCGCAUGCGCAAUCUCGCCAUGGGUCGAAUCCACUCUCUCAUUGGGCUAUCGCCUACAAUUCCGACGCCGCCCCCCUCGAUUCAAAUCAGUCGUUCAGACAACGAUGACAGGGGAAGGAGUAGAAGUGAACUCGCUGCUUUCAAAAAAAGCGAUAUGUAUAGUCCCACACGCUCAAGCACAAUGUGGAUGGUACAGUCGUUAUUUUGUCAUUCCGAAACGCAGCGGAGGCUUGCGCCCAAUAUUAGAUCUCAGGUCACUGAACAAGCACUUGAGGGUGUACAAAUUUCGAAUGUUAACAGUACGCCAGCUGUUAAACUCGGUGAAGCCAGGCCAAUGGUUUACAUCGAUAGACCUGACCGACGCAUUUCAACACGUGUCUGUUCUCGCAGCUCACAGGAAAUUCCUCCGAUUUGCGUUUCAAGGCAUAUCUUACGAAUACCUAGUACUACCCUACGGGCUAGCCCUCUCACCCAGGGUUUUCACGAAGGUGCUAGAAUCAGCUCUCGCCCCACUGCGGGCCCGGGGCAUACAAAUUCUAGCCUAUCUGGACGAUAUGGCCAUAGUUUCUCAUUCAGAACAGUCAGUGGCCACUCAUACAGCCAUGGUGCUGUCACACCUUCAGACUUUGGGGUUUUCAGUGAAUUACGAGAAGAGUUCCCUGACCCCUCGCCAGAAAAUAGAAUUCCUAGGUCUCGAGAUAUGCUCACUGUCGGGCCGGGCUUUUCUAGCUGUUCACAGAAGGAAGGCCUUCCGCGAAUGUUUGGCUCAGUUUCGAUUGGGACACAAACUUCGUUUUCAAAUGUUUCUCAGGCUUUUGGGUUUAAUGGCCUCAAUGAUAGCAGUCAUCCCCCUGGGUUUAUUGCACAUGAGAGCGUUUCAGCGGUGGGUGUUGUCUCACCGUCUGAAUACGUCUCGUCAUCUCAACAAGAGAUUGACUGUGGAUGCGUUGUGUCAGACGGCACUAGCUCCGUGGACACAGCGGCAAUUAUUACACCAGGGGGCGCCAAUCGGCAGAAUUUUAUUUCGCAAGGUGAUCACCACAGACGCUUCCCUCAGAGGAUGGGGAGCUAUAUGCGAAGACAGGACGGUGAGGGGGGAGUGGUCUCUGAGUCAGAGCAGCCUCCACAUAAAUCACCUGGAGCUGUUGACAGUGUUUUUGGCCCUCAAACAUUUCCUCCCGGCCCUGCAGGGCCAUCAUGUUUUGGUCAGGACAGACAACUCAACUGUGGUGUCCUACAUAAACAGACAGGGAGGGACACAUUCACUCCCACUGCUGAAGCUCUCCCGGUCGCUUCUCCUGUGGAGCCAAGAGCACCUGCAGUCAGUCAGAGCGACCCACGUCCCGGGUUCUCUCAACCAAGGGGCGGAUCUUCUGUCCAGAGGUGGCCCUCUUGUGAGAGAGUGGCGGCUACACCCCAAAGUAGUGUCACAAAUUUGGGAUCGGUUUGGCAGGGCCGACGUCGAUCUCUUCGCAUCCAAAGAAAACACGCAUUGUCCCCUGUUCUUCUCGAUGCGAGACUCCAGCGCCCCCCUCGGGGUGGACGCGCUGGCACACAGUUGGCCGACCGGCCUCUUGUACGCGUUUCCCCCAGUCGAGUUAAUUAUGCCCACCUUGGAGAGGGUGCGUCAAGACAAGCUGUCUCUGAUCCUGGUGGCCCCCUAUUGGCCAGCGAAGCCAUGGCAUGCAGAGAUAAUCAGCCUCCUGGCAGAGGAGCCGUGGCCUCUCCCGCUCCGCCGAGACCUCCUAUCACAGGCAGGGGGGGAGAUUCUCCAUCCCCGUCCGGAGCUGUGGCGCCUACAGGCCUACCGGCUGAACGGUCUGGUUUAG